AUGAAAAGCGUUACUACCAUCGACUCCUCGUCUGACCUCUUCUGGGCGAUGAAGGGUGCUGGCCAUAACUUCGGCAUCGUCACGUCUUUGACCUCGAAGGUUUACGACAUCCAGUUUAGCAAGUGGGCGAUCGAGACCUUCACCUUCAGCGGCACCAAGGUCGAAGCUGUCUACCAAACUGCCAAUGACUACCUCUUGAAGAACGGCACCCAGCCUGUGGGUGUUAUCAACUGGUCGUACUGGCUCAACAUCCCCAGUGCUGACCCUACCAACCAGCCCGUCAUUUUGUUCUACGUCAUCCAAGAAGGAGUCACGACCGUCGACUCAGCCUACACACAACCCUUCCACGACAUCGGCCCGCUGUCCGCGCAAGCCCAAUCAGGAACCUACAGGGAUCUCGCCGGAUGGUCCGGCAUCGCCCUGAGCUCUCCCCACUGCCAGGACGUCGGCCUCGCCAACCCCCGUUUCCCCAUCUACCUGCAAGACGCCUACACCAUCUUCGCCAAUGCGGUCCGCGGCGCCUCCUCCUUCAACCACUCCAUCUUCAUGAUCGAGGGCUACUGCAUGGAAGGCGUCCACGCCAUUCCCGCCGGUUCGGCUGCCUUCGCCUUCCGCAGCCAGAACAUCCUAGCCGCUCCGCUGAUCACCUACAAGUCUACGGGCUCUACAAUCAACUGCCAGGCUAAGCAAUUGGGCGAUCAGCUUCGUCGGAUCCUUUUCCAGGCUAGUGGUCUGCCGAAUCCGUGCCUACGUUAA